AUGGCUAAACCCCGGCCAUUCUGGCGAUUCACAAAGCUUCGCUCACAGUGGACCGAAGCGGCUGACCACGGUUCGGCCGCCGGCGUGAGAUCCCGUCAGCGAAGGGGGUGGACGACUGCUUUAAAUUCUUAUGAGCGACGGCAAUACCGGCUGCCCAUUCCGGAGCAUGAACAUCGAUGGCCUGUUUACUUGGGUCAUGGUUACCCACGCGGCUCUGUCGACCCAUCAUUGCCGCCCGGGACAGCCUGA